UACAAUGAGUGUGAAGUUCCUCUGGAAGUUCUUGUGCUGCGUUACAUUUUUCGCGAACAUUUCGAACUGUUUUAUCGUCGAAAAGAUCCUGAGGGAGAACCGAAAUGAGAGCGGGGUUGAUCUGAUCGGUUUGUAUAUACCAACUGUGAACUCCGAGAAUGAAAAAUGCAGGAAUCACAGUUUGUUUUAUCUGGAACAGCUGAGGAAUUACACUCUUUGGGCAUCGGAGAUGUUCGAUGCCACCACAAAAUUCCCAGCUGGUGUCUUGUAUGGUUCAGCUUACGAUUUCGGCAAUUUCGACGAAUGUUUGGACGUAAGGGUGCCAUACCAAAACGAACAAUUUUCCGGACAGUACUGCAUGGCGAAGUUUACCGUAGAAUCACCAUUUGAAGGAGAAAUCAACGACAGCCCCUAUAAUUACCAUUUUGACGAUUAUAAAAACUUUCACAAUGUUUCGGUGUGGAAAAAGAUGGAGGACUUUUUACAUGACGUUUCCAAGAAUCCAAGAAACGAACUAUAUUUUUCUUACUGUUUACCAUCGUCAUGUACUGGUGAAGACCUGCAAAUGGUGCUGGAAACAUUUUUCAGCAAAAUAAAUGAAGAGAAUGACUUCAGAGUGAAUGUAGACGUGUCCAGGAAAAGUUGUCAAGUUGCGGGCAGCAUACCUUUAGACAAAGGCGAUGUAAUUUUUAUAGUCGUAGUCGUUGUUUUUGUCUUAACAAUGAUCUUGGCUUCCAUGUAUGACGUUUUCUCAAAAAGGGACGAUUUUAAACAUAUCAAACUAGCUGGUAAAGCACACGACAUAAUAGUUUGCUUCUCUUUCCCGAGGAAUGUAAAUAAACUAACAACGACAAAGGUAAAUCCUGAUGGCUUGGACUGCCUAUCUGGAAUGAAAGUAUAUUCUAUGGUUCUCAUUAUUUUGCUACACAGGAAUAUGUUCGACUAUGGAUCUGCUUUAAUAAAUCCAAAAUUCGUAGAAAAGUUUUACUCAAACUUUGGUAUGACUUUCAUACUAAAUGGUCCGAUAUUGGUAGACACAUUCUUUACCAUCUCCGGAUUUCUAGCCACCUAUCUGAUUCUUAAUCAAUACUACAGAAGUAAAAAUGGAAUCAAUUUGGUACUUUUGUAUCUACAUAGGUAUAUCAGGAUGACGUCAACCUACUGUAUCAUUUUGGCCUUUUACUGCACCCUCUUUGUCAAAUUGGGAACAGGGCCUUUGUGGCAGGAAAGGGUUGGAACUGAAAGUGAAAAAUGUAGGCAGGUUUGGUGGGCCAACAUGUUGUAUAUAAAUAAUUAUGUCGACACAAAAAAUUAUUGUAUGUUUCAAUCCUGGUACAUGGCUUGCGACAUGAACGGUUUCAUUUUCGUCCCAAUACUAUGCUGGAUUAUCUGGAAGAAAGCGAAACUAGGUGUGUGUACUGUAAUCGUAGCUAUAAUCGCAUCUGUCCUGACAGUAUUUAUCGUUGUCUUUCUUAACGAGGAACAACCGAUCCUACUAAUCUACCUGAGAAUGCUGUUAUCACCUAAUUCCGACAGCACCUUCUUGAAGGUCUACAUACCAGGACACAUGAGGAUCUCCUCGUACUUCGUAGGAGUCCUAGCUGGGUAUUUGAAGUACAAGAUGAAGGCCAACGACUUUAAAAUACCGAAACAGUGGGUGCGAGCGGGGUGGGUGGUCUGCGUGCCUCUCAUGCUUCUAGCGCUACAAGUAUCUUACGUUUUCUAUAAUUCCAACGCUCCCGUUUGGGCAUCUGCCCUAUAUGCUGCUCUUCAUCACUUCAUAUGGAGCGUGUGCAUAGCGUUUAUGAUCAUCGCCAUAUCAUUUGGUUACGGACCUUGGGUGAACCCCAUCUUGUCUUGGCAGCCACUAGUGGUACUUAGCAGGCUUACUUAUACGGUUUAUCUCUGCCAUGGUACUAUACAGAUGUACUCUUCCGGUGUGAUUAGGAAUCCUAUAUAUGCUAGUAACUUCAAUGCUAUACACAAGACAGCGGCUGAUAUUAUCUUAGGUUACUUUCUAGCAUUUAUUUUGACCAUGAUCUUCGAGUCACCCAUAAUUGGUCUUGAAAAAGUUAUUCUCUGGGGAGAAAAAAAGAAAGCUAAUAAUACUACCAAAGACGAAACCCUGUCCGAUGCUGAACUACCAUCGACGUAUGUUGUUUCUUAGACUAUUUUUUACUUUUUUUAUAUAUUAUUUAAUAAUGUUAGUUUACCUUUGCGUUAUUGUUAGAUAAAGCUAGACAUGGGUAAAAUAUCAGAUCACAAAUGCUGCUUUUGGUGGUAUAAGGUCUGUAACAAAUUUGUAUAUGCUGAAUGUUGCUCAUGUAUUUUAUAUUUG